UGUCGUUAGUAUCUGCACUUGCGCGUUUAACUUUCUUUUUCGUUGGAUGUCUUUGUAGGUUUAAAAAUGGGAGCCUACAAGUAUAUACAGGAACUGUAUAGAAAAAAACAAAGUGAUGUUCUUAGAUUUUUACUGAGAGUGAGAGUCUGGCAAUAUCGCCAAUUAACUAAGCUACACAGAACUCCCAGACCUAGUCGCCCUGACAAGGCUCGUAGAUUAGGGUAUAGAGCUAAGCAAGGUUUUGUUAUUUACCGUAUCAGAGUAAGACGUGGAGGUCGCAAGCGUCCAGUACCAAAAGGUGCCACCUAUGGUAAACCAAAAAGCCAUGGAGUUAACGAAUUGAAACCAGUUCGUAAUUUACAAGCUAUUGCAGAAGAACGUGUAGGAAGAAGAUGUGGUGGAUUAAGAGUCCUAAACUCAUACUGGGUAGCCCAAGAUUCGACAUACAAAUAUUUUGAAAUCAUUUUGGUUGAUCCCUCACAUAAUGCUAUUCGCAAAGACCCCAAAGUUAACUGGAUUGUCAAUGCAGUACACAAACACAGAGAACUCCGCGGUAAAACUUCUUCUGGCAAAUCGUCUCGCGGUUUGGGCAAGGGUCACAGAUACUCUCAAACCAAGGGAGGAUCCAGGCGUGCUGCUUGGCUCAGAAGGAACUCACUGCAAUUGCGCAGAAAACGUUAAAAUUUAUUUUUUUAUAAUUAGACCAAUAAAAUUUAUGGAAUAAUAUUGUU